AUGACUAAAGAUGAUAAUGUUUCUGAGAUUUCUAUCGAAGAAACCAAUAAGUUAAGAGUUAAGCUCGGUUUACGGCCUAUACCGUUACCAGACUCUUCUAAAAAUGAUCCUUCUAAAUCUAAAAAAGAGGUAGCGUUACCCGAAGUUGAGAAAAAAGGAAAGGUAGAUAUUGGUGAUUCUAAGGGAAUAUCACUUGAAGAAACCAAUAAACUUCGUAUUUCUCUGGGUCUUAAGCCUAUUGUCAAAACUGAGGAAUCAAACACUGAUGUUAACAGUACCUCUUCGUUAGAUCAAGAUUCCCAGGCUCGAAAAAACUGGAUAGACAUGCAAGAGAAGGAAAACGCCAAGAAAAGGAAUCUUGCUCUUCAAGAGAGAAUCCAGAAACAAAAAGAAAAGGCACUUUUAAGAAAGUCAACAUCUACUUUGGCAUUAGGAGGAGGAGAAGACGAGGAGAUUUCUACCUUGGACUGGCUGAAAAAACUACGCCAGUCUCAAAAAGCUAAAACGUCAGGUGGUUUGAUGGUGAGUAAUCCACCUAAAAAGACCAACAGUACUAUUGAAGGUCUAUAUACAUCCAAAGAUCUUUCUGGUGUCAAGGUGGCUCAUGAUAUUGGUGAAGUACUUAAAGAAGGUGAAAGUGUGAUUUUGACUCUAAAGGAUAGGUCUGUUUUAGACGAAGAAGAAGAAGGUGACGUUCUUGAAUCUACUGAUAUAGUAGAGAAGGAAAAUCUAAAGGAAAAAUUAGAGGCAAAAAAGGGAAUAAAAAGACUGCAAUAUGAUGAUUAUGACGAUGAAGAUAACAGUGGCAUUUUAUCGAAAUAUGAUGAUGUUAUAAACAACAGAAAAUCAAAAGGGUUUACUCUAGACAAUUCAUCUAUCGCUAUUUCAUCGACAAAUCAUUCAAAGAAAAAGACUGCUAAAACUCAUCAGGAACAACAAACAAAAAAAGUUGCAGACUUGGAUGAAUUUGAAUUUAGCGAUAUUAUUAAUACAACAAUAACACAGUCGUCUGAUUACCAAGCUCCGAUAUCUGGAGGAAAAGCACCCAAGAUUAAGAAAAAGAAGAAAUCUCUAAAAAAAUCAAAUAAAACGUCAGAUUAUGCAUCGUCAGCUGGAAGAAAAAGGCAAAGGGAAGAUGAUUAUCAAGAGAUAGAUCAAGGAGAAGAUGAUGAAGAACUGCAGAACUUAUUAGCAUCUUCAAGAAGAAAAAUUCAGCAUACAUCGAAAGUUAAAAGAAUUGAAACGCCACAAGAAAUUGCUGAAAAGUUACGAGAAGAACAAGAGGAAAUAAAUGCAGCUGGAUCAACAAAUUUAAGAGACAGCGGAAUGGUUAUUAACCAAACGACAGACUUUUUGGCAGUUUUACGAAAAGCUAGCGAAGAACCCGAAACAGAAAAGAGCAAAGAAAAUAUUAUAAGAGAUGAAACAAAAAGUAUUUCCUUUUCACUUUCUACAUCUGAAGAAUCCCGUACAGAAAAGAAAGAUGACAAUCCUAAUGAAGCUAAGAGAUCUGAGGAAGAAGCAUCUCAAGCGCCAUUUGCACUCGCUCCAAACGAACCCACAUUAUCAGGAGGUAUGGCUGACGCUCUUAAACUUUUGCGAUCUCGUGGCGUAAUUAAGGAAAAAACAAAAGAGCAGCUAGAAGAGGAAAGAAUUAAACGGGAACAAAGAGACUGGAACAAAAGAAUGAAGCUUGCACGCAUAGAAAGAGAUAUAGAAAUUGCUCAUCGACGUGAAAAAGACCGGGCUACUGGAAAGUUUGACAAGCUAACACAAAAAGAUCGAGAGACUCUAGCACAACGUGAAAACAUGGAACGUGAUAAAGAAGACGCACAAAUUGCACAAAAACGUUUUGAAAAUUACAAACCCAAAAUAAAUCUGGAAUAUCGCGAUGAAACUGGGCGUUUGCUAUCUCAAAAAGAAGCAUAUAAACAUUUAUCUCAUCAGUUCCAUGGUAAAGGCCCUGGUAAAGGAAAAAUUGAAAAACAAAUUAAAAGACAGUCAGAAGAAAAAAAGAAAAUGUCUGAAAGUAUUUUCACUAAUGAAGAGGACCAGCGUGCCGGCCCCAUUGCAGGUGUUCGUUUACAAUGA